UGAACAUGCUGAAAUUAAUUGAAAUAAAUAAAAUUGAGAAAAAAUAAGAGUAAAUACUUGUUCAGCUUUUGCUGUGUGGCUAGCACUAUACUAAGCAGGGCUGUUAUUUUGCUUUUAAAAAUUCAAUUUUCAUAAACCUUAGGAAGUAAAUGAUACUAUUAUUCUCAUCUUUCACAUGAGGCAGUGAGUUCCUGUAGGGAGAGCUAGCAGCCAAUAGCCAGAACUGAGAAUCAUACCUAAGCAGUCCUGCUGGCCUCUGGCUUUAAUAAUUGUACCAUCAUGUUUCAUUCAUAGGGUUUGUAGAGUAGAACUGCCAAUGUUCACUGGUUUCCUUUCUUUUCUUCUAGUACCUAUAGUUAGAUGUGUAUAACUCAGAAUAUUGUAACUAGCAUACUGAAAAGUUGCAAAGCCAGUGAAUAUAACCCAUUCUAAAAUGUUAAAGUGCCAUGCCUCAUUUUUCCUGACAUACUUUCUCCCAUAUUUUAUUUCUAUAUUUAUUGGGACAAGGUCUCAGUAUGUAACCCUGGCUGGCCUUUGACUUGCAGUCGGCCUGCCUCUCCUCUGGAGUGCUGAGAUUCAAAGUAUGUUCCACCAUGUCUAGCUUUUCCCCAUAUUUUAACAACCUAGAGGAAGAAAAUGCUCGGAAAAGAAUCUUGUGUCCUUUAGAUCCAAAACACACAGUAUAUGAAGACCAACUAGCAAAACAUUUAAAAAAAUGUAACUCAAGAGAGAAGCCAAAGCCUGAUUUCUUUACUCAAGAUGUAAAUGCAGGAUUAAAGGAAGAAAUGGAAGUUUCUGAGCAAUUAGUUCCAUUUUCUUCUCUAUCUGAAGAGCAGUUGGAAAACUUAAUUAAGAAAUUGAGAAAAGCAAGUGAAGGCUUGAAUUCUACGCUUGAAGAUCACAUUAUGUCCCAUCCAGCAUUACAUGAUGCCCUUAAUGACCCUAAAAAUGGUGACUGUGCAGUCAAGCACCUGAAACAGCAGGCUUCUAUUUUAGGUAACAUUGAAAAAUUAAAGUUACUUGGUCCAAGAAGAUGCUUUGUUGAGUUUGGAGCAGGAAAGGGGAAAUUAUCUCACUGGGUUGAUAUUGCCUUAAAAGAUGCUGAAAACGUUCACUUCAUCCUGGUAGAGAAAGUGACCACAAGAUUCAAGGUAGAUGGUAAACACAGAAAAGAGAGCUCAGUGUUUGAAAGACUUCAGAUCGAUAUUCAACACUUAUGUCUGAACAGGGUUCCUGUGCUCAGAGAAGGAAGACUGCCUGUGGUAGGAAUUGGGAAGCAUCUGUGUGGGGUCGCAACAGAUCUUGCAUUACGAUGUCUGGUUGAAACCUAUGCUGCCAGUUUUGAGGAAAGGAAUGAAGAGCCUUUAGCCAAACGCGUAAAGAACGAUAAAAGAGACAAGGAAAGUAGCACUUUGUCCAAGGAAGAAAAUGAAGCAAAUGCCCCGGAGACGUGGGCCCCUGUGGCUGGCAUUGUCAUUGCGCUCUGCUGUCACCACAGGUGUGACUGGAGACACUAUGUGGGCAAAGAGUAUUUCAGGGCUCUGGGCCUUGGGCCGGAGGAGUUCUACUAUUUCCAGAGAAUGAGUAGUUGGGCAACAUGUGGAAUGAGAAGGACAUCUUUGGGAGCCUCAGAUAUCACCACAAAGAGAAAAGAUGAUCAGAAUUAUGACAACGAAGAGCAUGAUGACAGAGGAGACAGACUCCCAGAUGGCGGCACUGAUAGUGUGCCUGGAGCUCUUACUGCUGAAGAAAAGAAGAAUAUAGGACAUCUUUGCAAACUGCUGAUUGACCAAGGCCGACUCCAGUAUUUACAGCAGAAAGGCUUCCAUCCUGCCUUACAGUACUAUACAGAGCCGUUGGUGUCUCUGGAGAACGUAUUACUAACUGCUGUACCAGCUCAUCUGUCAUCGCAGGAAGCAACUCAGUAACAGAAAAGAAGUGUGAACGUCACUUGUCAUCUCAAACAAAAAAUUUACAUUCCUUUUAAAUUAUAUUUUUAUAUUCACAAAAAUAUAAAUAACUUUUUUUUGUGUGUGCGUGUUUUUUUUUUUUUUCUUCCAAAGUCCAAACAGAGGAUUCACCAAGUAUUCCUUUUCAGCAGGGCCCUUUGAAUUACUUUAUCCAUCAGAGUGUAUAGAGACUGGCAGAGUCAGACCGUUGACUUGGUCAUCUGAAACACAUAUAAUACAUCAACAUAUAAUUACAGUAUAAACUAUGUGUAUUCUGGGAAAUUUAUCUUUGGUUUUAUUUGAUAUGUUUUAUUUUUUGAGCUCCAGUUAUAAUAACCAAUGCCAUUUUGCAACAAGGGUCAGUCUGAGUGUGGGACUUUUUUCAGAAUGGGUCUAGAAAGAAUACUUGCCAUCUUCUCAAAUGCAGACAAAUUUAGAAAUGUAGGAAUUGGCAAAUGACAUCACCAUUGAAGUUCCAGAGCCAUACCUGGAUUUGUGCUCUCAAGAGUCUGUCCAUGACUCCAGAACCGAAGAGAUGAUUUCAGGGGGAAAAUAAUCUUACUUUAGGUCUUUGAUGGAUAAUUAGCUAGUGCAAACUUCUAGAGAAGGUUGCUUGUAAACAAAUCACCAAUCAAAUUUGAAAGUUGCACGUAGCUUCUAAAGUUAAUUCAGUAUCUUUUAUCAGCCUCUUAUGUAUAAAUGUAACUAUAAAAAAAUAAGUAGGUUUUCUCCUGUUUGGGAAAAUAAUUAGUUUUUGUUUGUAUGAGACAGGGUCUCAUUUACUAAUCCUUGGCCAGCCUGGAACUCAGAGAUACCCCUGCCUCUUCCUUCCAAGUGCUGGGAUUAAAAUCAUGUGCCCAUGCCAGCAGAAAAAGUAAUUUGGAUUAAAGUACAAAUUAUAUAAUGAAACCAAAACCUCACAUUUAGGCUUUACAUAACUGAUAAGUAGUUUCUAUGCCCAAGCAAAUAUUAAACCAUAUAUGUCAUAAGAAUAUUCCUCUUCCACAUCUUACCUUGGAUUUGUUUCUACAUUUGUAAACAUUAUUUUAGUUGUUAGUAAAUAUGCAAAGACGAAGAUUCAGAAUCACUGACUUUAGAUAUUAGAAUGACACUGGGAUCACUAUCUGUAUUUGGUGGGCCUAUGACUAAGUAGAAGCCAAACACCCUUACCUCCUGGCCUUUCUGUUUUAAUUGAAUCUCGUGUUUAAUUAGGUUUAAAUUCCAACCCUACCACCUCAGCUGGCAAGUUACUUCAUCUCUUUGUGCCUCAAUUUUCUCCUCUUAAAAUAGUGAUGAUGAUAACAGUUAUAAAACCUACCUCACAAGGUUGUGUAUAUCACAUGAGGUAUCACAGGUAAACCAAUUUGAAUGGUUCCAAGCAUAGAGUUUUCACGACCUACAGUAGCACCAGUGGCUCCUUCUGAAGAGAACAUUGCUAAGCAGCCUCUGGAUACCGGGGAGGGUCCCCUAAAGGAAAGGCUAGCACUGUGGUUGCACUCCUUUUCAAAGUGACUGGUACAUGGAGUGAGUUAAAAUCUCCCUUUUGCAUCCAUAGCUCUUUCCAUUUGUACUAAUUACAAAGCCAGGGUUUUCUGUUUCUAUGCUGUUAUUUCACUGCCUUUAUUAACAAGAUAGUGUUCUUUGCCUUGUUCCUCUGGUUUUCUUGAUUAUAGAAAUGUUUAAUUCUAAAUUAUGAGAUGAAGUGUUUGUAAUCUGUAUAUUAUGCCUCAUAUUCCAACUGUGGAAUAAAGUCCAUGUUCUCAA